AUGGCUGAGCUCAAUUUGGGGAAGGGGCUGACUGCGGGGAAAGUGGCCAGUAACGUGCAGAAAAAACUAACCAGGGCGCAGGAAAAGGUGCUUCAGAAGCUUGGCAAAGCAGACGAAACCAAAGAUGUUGCCUUUGAGGAGGGCGUCAUCAACUUCAACAAACAAUAUGCGGAGGGCAGUAAACUGCAGAAGGACCUGAGGGCCUAUCUUGAAGCAGUGAAAGCUAUGCACGAAUCCUCCAACAACCUGCAGGCAUGUCUUGCUGAUAUGUACGAGCCGGACUGGGAGGGCAAGAACGAAGUGGAUUCCAUUGUUGAGGAUUGUGAUGUCUUGUGGACUGACUACCACCAGAAGUUGAUAGAUCAUGCCCUCAUCUCAAUGGAUACCUACCUGGGCCAGUUCCCGGAUAUCAAGGCCCGUAUCGCUAAAAGAGACAGAAAACUGGUGGAUUUUGACAGCGCCAGACACAACUAUGCUACCACGCACAAGACCAAGAAAAAGGACGGGGGCAUCAAAAUUACAAAGCCCUCCUCCCUGUUGGAGAGAGCCACUCCAGGCUGGGCCCAGGGCAUUCUGUCUGCUCACAACGUUGCCCAGAGCAGUCUGUCCAGGAGCCAGGCGGAGGAGGAGUUGGAGAGAGCACAGAAAGUGUUCGAGGAGAUAAAUGUGGACCUACAAGAAGAGUUACCUUCACUCUGGAACAGCCGUGUUGGGUUCUAUGUCAGUACCUUUCAGAGUUUGGCUGGUUUUGAGGAGAAAUUCCACAAGGAAAUGGGUCGGUUGGACCAAGAUUUAAAUGAUGUCUUGGUGAAACUGGAGGAAACAGACACCAGUGGUAGAGAUGAAACGAAUCAUACUCUCAGGCCAGGAGGACCACCUCCCAUCCCUAAGUCUCCAUCUAAGCUGAAGCCAGCAGUGCCUCCACCUCCCAAGGUGACCCCGUCCAAGGAGCUGAAGACAGAGAACAUCAUCAACCUCUUUGAUGCUGCAGCCGCACCUGAUAUUAGCAUCACCUCCCCUACACAGUUUGACAGUCCCGCAGUGAGCAACCUAUUGGACAUGGAUCUGGACUUUCUGAAUGCAGCAACCAAAGCCUCGACGGUCGCACAGUCUGCAAACUGGGACUCGUGGCCUGAGGACAGCGGUGCCCAGCAAGAGGAGAACCAGCAGCCGGACGACCCGGUGGUUCCUGCUGCAGAAGGCUGGGGGGACGACGGCUCGCAACCUUCUGCUUAUGAUCCGGUUGCAGCCGCUGCGGAGGGCUGGGGCGAUGACGGCUCGCAACCCAUCCGCUAUGACCCAGUAGCCGCCACUGAAGGCUGGGGUGAUGACGGGAGCCAACCGGUUCGUUACGACCCCAUAGCCGUGCCCCAAGAAGGCUGGGCGGAUGACGAGACGCAACUGGGUACAGAGGCUGCCCCGGCUGAGGCUGAAACGACACCCACUGCCGAGGCUCCAACUGAGACCCACAAGGAAGAGGAGGAGGCCCCUCCAGCUGCACCGGAGGGGGAUAGUGAGAGAGGACACCCGCAGAAACAGCAGAGCCAGUGUCUGCUGAGCUCUACCGCACCUGCAGAGCCUGCCGCACCUGCAGAGCCUGCCGCACCCGUUAGAGCCUGCCGCACCCGUAGAGCCUGCCGCACCUGCAGAGCCUGCUGCACCUGCUGCACCUGCUGCACCUGCACUGUCAGAGCCAGAGGCUCUGCCCCUGGCUUUAUGCACAAGGUCCAGGUGAUGCAUGACUACGCUGCCAAUGACUCAGAUGAGCUGGAGAUGAAUGCUGGAGAUGUGGUGCUAGUGAUCACCUUUGACAACCCUGAAGAACAGGAUGAGGGCUGGCUGAUGGGGCUUAAACAAGAUGACUGGCUUCAGAACAAAGAAAAUGCUGUUAAAGGGGUGUUCCCGGAAAACUUCACCCAGAGGCUGUGA